UAUAAAUAAAUAUAGUAAGUAUAUAAAAAUGUGAUAUUUAUCGUUUUGCUAGCAGAAGACUAAUAAAAAACAAAAACAAAGAUUAUAGUUAAAUGUUGGUAAAAAAAAACAAUUUUUAUGGUUCAGUUAGAUUUAUACAAUAAUCUGAUAGUAGCACUACUUUCUCAAUGUCUUCAAUAAUUGAAGAUCCUGUGCUUGAGCGAACAUUCAAAGGUCAUAAAGAUGCUGUUACAAGUAUAGAUUUUAAUAGCAAUAUGAAACAGUUAGCCAGUAGUUCAAUGGAUUCAACAUUAUUAAUAUUUAGUUUCAAACCACAUGUAAGAGCAUAUCGUUUAUCUGGUCACAAGGAUGCUGUUACAUCUGUUGUCUUUUCUCCUUCUGGUCACCUUAUAGCAUCUUCAUCACGAGAUAAAACAGUUCGAUUAUGGGUUCCUAGUGUUAAAGGGGAAAGUACUGUAUUCAAAGCACAUACAUCAACUGUUCGAAGUGUCGACUUUUCAAAAGAUGGACAGUCAAUGGUUACAGCAUCAGAUGAUAAAACUGUGAAGCUAUGGACUGUUCAUCGUCAACGCUUUUUGUUCUCAUUGACUGGGCAUAUGAACUGGGUGAGAUGUGCAAGAUUUUCACCUGAUGGUCGAUUGAUUGUAUCAGCUGGUGAUGACAAAACAAUUAAGUUGUGGGACCGAAGUUCAAAACAGUGUUCUCACACUUUCUAUGAAUAUGGAGGAAUUGUAAACCAUGUUGAGUUUCACCCAAGUGGUACAUGUAUUGCUGCAGGUGGUGCAGACAAUGCUGUCAAGGUUUGGGACAUAAGGAUGAACAAACUACUGCAACACUAUCAAGUACAUGGAGGUCCUGUUACUUCUUUAUCUUUUCAUCCAAGUGGAAACUAUUUAGUAUCUGGAUCUGCUGACUCCACAUUAAAGAUAUUAGAUUUAAUGGAGGGUCGUCUAUUUUAUACAUUACACGGUCAUCAGGGUGCUGUUAAUUCAGUAAAGUUUUCUAAAAAUGGUGAGUUAUUUGCAUCUGGUGGCAUUGAUGAACAGAUUUUGGUUUGGAGGACAAACUUUGAUUCAAUUGAUUACGUUGAUGUUUUAAAAGCACAUCGACAAAACAGCAAGUCAUCACACUGCCACACGCCUGAUCAUCCGCCCCCAAUCAACCACGAUCCACCCCCAAAGGAAGCAAAGGAGAUAAGUAUUAACAGUGAACUUCCUGAUCUUGAAACCUCUCAUCCUUCUAUUAUGGAAGUUGGUCCUGCUCUUUUCUCGGUUUCUCAGCCGAACGGCCGAGAUUACUCACAUUUGAUAGCUGGAGAUGAUAGAAACUCUCCAGAACUUUUACCUGAUGGUCGAAGUUCCACAACCCCUUUGGAAAGAAGAGAUAUACCGCCACAGCUUUCAGAAACUUUGGAGCAUAUUGUUGCCCAGUUGGAUGUUAUUACUCAGACUGUUUCCAUUUUGGAGCAAAGGCUAACCAUGUGUGAAAACAAACUUCGCGAGUGUUUAAACAACCAGCAAAAAAUAAUUUCUUCAAAUAAAACCUAGUAAACACA